GCUUGCACCGCCUUCGCCUUCCUCAGCCGUCCCUUUUGCGAAUCGUAUUCUUGUCUCUUGCUCGAAUGUUCGUAAACUCGUAAACCAGAUUUGUGGAGUGCAGUGUAAUUGAGCACAUUUCGAACAUUGGUGCAAGAAACUUCAAGUGCGGUAGGGUUGUGUGUAAAAACGCCCAAUUGCUUUUGAAGAAGCUCGCCGAGGAAACAAAGUUAUAGGUGGUGUAGCGUUUAACCCCUUCAUGGUUCAACAUGAGUGAUUAUUCAGCGGUCGCUCCGCCUCCAAAUUUCAGUCAGAGUUCCGCUUUUGCGGCUGCCUUGCAGCGCGCCAAACAGAUUGCAGCGAAGAUCAAUCCCGGCGGUGGUCAGAAUAGCCAAGACGGAAAAUUAAAACGUCCCCUGGAAGAUAGUGCAGAACCUGAAGCGAAAAAAAUGGCAGCAUUAGUAGCAGAUCCUAUGAUUGGUCUCCGUGGAGGACCAGGAGCUCCUAUGGGUGAUCCGAAUGUUCAGUCUAGAUCUGCUGCUCAAUCACCCACAGCCCCACUUGGUCUGGGUGGUAUUUGCAACGAAGAUAUCAGAGUUCCUGACAAAAUGGUCGGCUUGAGUAAGUUAAUCGGAAGAGGCGGAGAACAAAUAACAAGGUUGCAAAGUGAAACAGGCUGUAAAAUACAAAUGGCGCCAGAAAGCGGUGGGCUGUCAGAGCGAAUUUGCUCGCUUACCGGCUCGCGAGAGGCUGUCAAUCGAGCAAAGGAUCUCGUACUGUCGAUCGUUAAUCAACGAAGCAGAACCGAAGGUGGGCCUGGAGAAAUGAAUUUGAGUAUUGGUGGCGGAGGUGGUGGCGGCCCUGGAAUUGGGGGUGGAAAUGGAGGUGGAGGUGGUCCUCCAAACUCAUCGCCGGCCCCAAUGAUGGGCCAUCCUGGAUUCGUUGAAAUCAUGAUCCCGGGACCCAAGGUUGGUCUCAUCAUUGGAAAGGGGGGAGAGACAAUAAAGCAUCUGCAGGAGAAGUCCGGUGCAAAGAUGGUCGUAAUUCAGGAAGGUCCUUCUCAGGAGCAAGAAAAGCCGUUGAGAAUUACUGGCGAUCCUCAAAAAGUGGAAUACGCCAAGAACUUGGUCUAUGAACUGAUAGCAGAAAAGGAAAUGCAGAUGUUCCAUAGAGGGCCGAGGGGUGGUGGUGACAGAGGAAGCGGAGGAGGAGGAGGUCCCGGAAGUUUCAACAGCGACAAUGGCAGUGGCGGUGGAGGCGGUGGCGGUGGUUUCAAUCACGGAGGGCCACCUAAUGGUGAAGGUGUUGAGGUACUUGUGCCACGAGCUGCAGUCGGAGUUGUAAUUGGGAAAGGAGGCGACAUGAUAAAGAAGAUUCAGGCUGAAACUGGGGCCAGAGUUCAAUUUCAGCAAGGAAGGGAAGACGGUCCUGGGGAUAGAAAAUGUCUCCUAUCAGGAAAACCUCAAGCAGUGGAACAGGCUCGUCAGCGAAUUCAGGAACUAAUUGAUAGUGUAAUGAGGCGAGAUGAUAGUAGGAACAGUAUGGGAGGUGGCAGAAAUGGUCCUCGAGGAAAUGGAUUCGGUGGCGGCGGGCGACCGAAUGAGUAUGGUGGUGGUGGUGGCGGCGGCGGUGGAGGCGGUUGGGACCGACGCCAGGGCCAAGGUGGGCCUAUGGACAAUAAGGUUGAAACAACCUUUACCGUACCUUCCACCAAAUGUGGAAUCAUCAUUGGAAAAGGAGGCGAGACGAUCAAACAGAUAAAUAUGCAGACGGGUGCACACUGUGAGUUGGACCGAAGGAACCAGAAUAACGAAAAUGAGAAGAUCUUCAUUAUUCGUGGAAACCCGGAACAGGUGGAACACGCUAAGAGAAUAUUCAGUGAGAAGUUGGGAAUGGGUCCUGGUGGUCAAGGCGCACCCUACCAAGGCGGUCAAGGUGCAAUUGGAUACAAUCCAAACUGGAACGCACAACCAGGUUAUCAAGCUUGGCCUAAUCAGCCUCAACCUAACGAGCAAGGAGGAAAUCCGAAUCAGGCCCCAGUUCAGCUGAAUCCUCAAACUGGUCAGCCGGAUUAUAGUGCACAAUGGGCAGAAUAUUAUCGGUCACUUGGAAUGCACCGGGAAGCAGAGAUGAUCGAGCAGCAGGCCAAGCAAGGAAAACCAGAGCUUAAUCCUCAACAAGCUGCACCAGCUCAACCAACCCCAGCGCCAGGUGGGGCUGCCGGACCUGCCCAACAACCCCAACCUCAACAACAAGCAGGUGCCGCACAAAAUGGAGCUCAGGCUGACUACAGUGCCCAAUGGGCAGAAUAUUACAGAAGCAUCGGCAAAGUCAAGGAGGCUGAGGCUAUUGAAGCGCAAAUGAAGACUGGAAAGGUGGCAGUGCCAGGUAAUCAAAUGGCUCAGCCACAAAUGCAACCAGCCAUGCAGGGACAGCCAGCUGGGCCACAAAGUGCGACGCCGAAUGCCUUUCCACAGGCCUAUGGGAAUUAUCCGGGCAUGAACGCUGGCGGCGCUCCUGGUUAUUAUGGAGGUGCUGCCAAUUCAGCAGCCCAACCCCAAGCAGGACAGCAAAAUCCGUCUUUUCCAACCGGAUAUCAAAACUAUCCUUACUCCCAGCCAAAUUCCGACAACUGAACAGAGGGACAAUGACAUAAUAAUUCUACGAUUUACAGAUAGCUUUCCAGAGGGACGCGUUUAAAGUCUACAGUACCUAUCUUCGUAUAAUGUUUCCAUUAAACCACUAUAAUUGACCGCUUUAUAAAAACCGCAAGCAUCUCAAAUCACCGAUAAUACCGAACUCUGUUUUAUUUAUAGUAUACUAUAUUAUAUCGUUUGCUUUUUUUUAUAUAUAUUGUAGGAUAUCCUCUAUUUCUGAUUAUAAAACAUGAAAGAUACCCUGAGACAAAAUUUAUAGCGUAAAGCAAUAUCAUCAUUAUAUCCGCCUGUGUUCCAUUUACUCUUAUCGUAUGUAUGUAUUUGUAUUCCAUGAUACAUAGUCGCUAGAUAAGUUUAGAUUAGCAGGUGACAAUGCUGCCGAAUGAAGAAGAACCUGGAAUCGUCAAUAGUGCAACUUCGCACAUCUUUUUUCAACUCUGAAUCGUUAUCAGAAAUGCGUUUCUUAAGUAUCAUUAUCAAUCUCGAUUCCUAAUUUUUGUUGCCAGUUAUUAACACCAUUUAUCUUGAUGAAUUACAAUAUAUUAUUUGUUUAUCUACAAGUUCACGAAAAGUUUUAUUGCCUCCAAAUUGUUGAGGUCUCCAACUAUUUUCAUAUUUACAUAUUAGAUUUAAGAAAUUAAGCGACAUUAGAUGGAUGUCUCCUUGUAUCGGCUAUAUCAAUUAUUUUAGUGUAUAAUCCUGGUGUAUCGAACAUAUUACUCGGUUCGUAAUACAUAGUAUUAUUAUAACAAUGCUAACAUAGAUAUAUAACAUCUUUGCAUAUUUUUCGUCGCUGGAUUCCGAAAUGAUUUUAGAUCUGGAAGCAGCCACUUUAUAGAUGUGCCUGUUAAAAAAAUAAAUUACAGGACGGGAUCCAACUUUAGAGGAAUCAGUACCAAGGAAUUAUUCUUGUAGUCACUCUCGGUACGAAAAUGUAGACGAGGACCUAGAGAUUUGCGACUCGAGUGAGUAAUCUGAUUUCGAGAUUUUUUCCAAUCAUGCUUGAUCUGCAUAACAAUUUAAAGAUGAACAAUUAUCGUAAAAAAUGUGUGUUUAGGUUUUGAAAUUUGCAUAUUUGUCAUAUUACUUCUUGAUUUCGAUGCCAAUGUCGUGUAUUAUAUUGUAUUAAGUGCAGAUGAGUUACUGAAUUUUUUGAGAUGGCUUUAAGUUGAAAUUAUUGUGAAUUAUGAAGACUUGUAAAUUUUAGGACCUUACUUUUACUGGAAAAGAUUAAUUAGUAGGUUCCCAUCAUCUACGCUGAUACUGGCUGAAUCAGUCUUUACGUAAUAGGCCAUGGAAAGGAAUGUUUUCGGGUGACGACAAAAAAACUGUUGUUCGGUUCCAGGAAAGUUUAUGAAACGGUAGGAUAACUGUGUACACUUUGAGAUUGAAUGCUGCCUUGGUUUCGACGAUGCAUUAAUUUUUAAUUUGUACUCUUAAUAUAACUACGAAUUGAGCUUGAAA